AUGUCUGACAAACCUGGUAUGCCUGAGAUUGAGAAAUUCGGUAAGUCAAAAUUAAAGAAGACAGAAACGCAAGAGAAAAAUUCACUGCCUUCAGGAGAGACGACGGAACAGGAGAAGCAAGCAGAGGAAUCCUAA